AUGGUGUCCCUACGAGUGACAACGCUCAUUCUGUCACUCAUUUCUUUUACUUUCGCUCAGAGCACCAAUGGACUUUGUGCCUCCGGCAGCACCAACACGACUUAUUAUACAGACUCUUGCGGCCAACAAUACGUAAUCUAUUGUUCAGCUGACAGUUCGCCUGGCUCGUACGCGUCAAACAACAAUGUUCCCGACUUCGCGACAUGUAUGGCCUACUGCAGCGCCGCUGGAGCAAGUAUAUGCUCUGCAGUCACAUAUGUUGGUACCACCUGUUAUUUGAAGAAGAGUUUCAGCAACACCGUCCGACCUUCGACCGGCAACACUGCCGUCAUCUACGUCGCUCCACCUGGUUACCCUCCACCCACCGCAAAUGGUCAAUACAGAAGUUCAGGAUGCGGCACGGCUGUGAACUCUCAGAUCAGUGUUGGUGGAGCUAGUACAGCCUUUACUGGUACAGGACCCGACGGUUAUCUGCGCACUUUCAACGUUCAUGUGCCGUCUAGCUACAAUAUCAACAAUGCGGCACCACUCAUCCUGGUCUUCCACGGAAGAGGCGAUAGUGGUACUGCUGUAGAAAGCGGAACUGGCUACUCACUUGAAAGAAUCAACCCCUACGGUAUCGCGGUAUAUCCUACAGCAGUCAAGGACUCUACCGGUCAGCCCACAUGGCAAGGAGACCCGAGCUACGUUGGCAACACCACGAUCAAUGAUAUGGGCUUUGUCCAGGCUCUGAUAGCCAAUAUCUCGUCUCAAUAUUGUAUCGACACAAGCCGCAUCUUUGCUGCUGGUUUCAGUAACGGCGGUGGCUUAGUCAACGUGAUGGCUUGCGAUCCCGUGAUGUCCACGGUGUUCAAUGCGUUUGGACCUCACUCUGGAGCCUACUACACCCAGACAGGCGACUCGAACACGGUGUGUUUCCCAAACACCGUCACGACGAACGAUCUGGUGCACUCUGUGUGUAGCCCGUCCAGACGAGUGCCGAUGGUAGAGUUCCAUGGUGAUGGUGACGGCACAAUUCCAUACAUCGGCGGCGGCCGUAGAGGAUACUGUUUGCCGGCAAUUCCCCAUUGGAGUCAGGAUUGGGCUACACGCAACAACUUGACGACCGACAAUGUCACUACUGUAACAAAUGGUGGCAACGUGACCAGAGCCGAGUUUGGUUCUCUCAGUGGGUUGCUGGGUCUUGUUACUCAGUUCCGUCUCGCAAACUGGCCGCAUCAAUAUUCACUUGGCACUAAUGGUGGAUACAUUGAUGCAGCUGCGCUCUCAUUGAACUUCUUCUACAAAUGGACCAACCCCGCCGGCCCAAGUCAGGACUAUUUGUCGUCAAUCUAUGCUUCAACUUCAACCGCCAAGCCGAUCUCAUGUCCUUCCACACUUUCCAUAACCACCACGACGACUACCUACACCACUACCAGCUCCAGCUCCAGCUCCACUUUGACCACUGCUAGCUCCAGCUCCAGCUCCAGCACUCCAAGCAUCACCUCGACCAGCUCUUUGAUAACGGCUGCACCUGUAUCUGGCAGUGGAACCCCGACCACGUCUGCAUCGGCCGUAUCGGCUGCAGGCAACACAGUAAGCACAAGUCUGAACGGCUAUCCGGUGUAUACGACCACACCGAGUUGCCCUGCUAGCAAUGGAACAUACUACUACGAUCCAUACGUUGGCGAUGGUGGUGUCAAUGGUCUUUACUAUUUCAUCAUGUGUGGCUACGACAUUACGAGUGGUGCGAAGACUAAUAUUGCCGCUUCAACUUGGCAGCAGUGCUUCUCGAUCUGCGAUAACUAUCCGACUUGUACUUCUUUCACUUUCAGUGCUGGCACAUGCUUCAUCAAGCGUGUGACUGCGCCAUACGUUUCUUCUGGUGGUGAUUUCGUUCAGGCAUCACAAAAUCCCGUCAGAGCCAACCUGGUGACUCAAAGUGGUGUAGUGGUUACUACCACCACUACCACUACUUCAGGAGGAGGUGUUUCGAGUACAUACACAGGUCCGGUAGUUUCUCAGUCGAGCUACGCCUGCCCUGCCAAUGACCAGCAGAAUGUUGUUGAUUCUAGCGGAUAUAUCUACACUCUUGGAUGCAACAACGACACCAUUGGGGGUGGAACCCUUUACUCGGGCGGAAGCAGUGACUUCAACGCUUGUUUUGGCAUUUGCGAUGGUGUGGCCGGAUGUACCGGAUUCACCUGGUCUGGCAAUUGCUACCUCAAGAUAAAUAUGGCCAACUUGAGAUUCCAGCCUGGUCAGGGUAAGGUAGGAGCUAUCAGACAAGGUGUAGCGGCUGUUGCUAGGACCACUACUACCACCACCAUGUCAUCCUCAACUUCUCCGAUUGCUUCAUCUAGCUCGAGUCUUUCGUCCAGCUCGAGCCCUCUGAGCUCCAGUCUUACCACCUCGUCUCUGACCACAUCUUCGACCUCAUCAAACCCCACGUCUAGCUCGAGUUCUUUGUCCACAUCUAGUUUGCAGAUCUUCUGUAUCCUCGGCCUCCUCGGCAAGCAGCUCAUCGUUGUCGAGCCAAUUGUCCAGCGUGGCUUCGGUAGCGUCCUCGAUUGUAAACCUCAGCUCGUCGACUUCGUCAAGUCAAUCUUCCAGUGGGGCUGCUCCGAGCUCGACGUCGACAUCGUCAGCAGUCUUCUCAUCUGGAAGCGCAUCCGCUUCGAGCUCAGCCAUCAGCGGAUCGUUCUCUACAAUCACCGCUGUCCUCUCUUCCACGUCCAUUCAUCCUCCACUUCUUCAUCCGAUACUCGUGUCCCAAUCACACCUUCGGCUUACAGCACUUUCAACCCUGGCUCUGAUCCUAGUUCAGCGCCUUCCGCCACCUAUGUCUCUCAGGAAGCCCCGGCCCCUGCUUGCACGCAGCCCGCCUGCCCUAAUGUCAACAACGUCAUAUGUACGGACGCUGAUGGCAAGGCUUAUGUCCAUCAAUGCGAUACUGGUGUCACGGGAGGUACUGUGAUCGUGCCUGCCAGUAGCGACAAUACCAAGCGUGAUGCCGAACUUUUGAUGUUCGACGACAUGAUGAUGAGUCUACACUCCGAGGAUGUCACCGAUUCGGGCUUGAAAAAGCGCCAGACCGAUGCACAGCAAGCGGCCUUCCACGAGUGUCAGCUCCAGUGCGAUAGUGUUAGUUACUGCCGAGCCGUUGCGUACAACAUCAACACAGGCAACUGCCAGAUGUUUGCACAAGUUUCUGGUACUGGCUAUUCGCCUGGAAUACUUUUCGCUGAGCGUGCUCCUGCUCAAGACGCUGUUGAUGGACCAGUCACAUCGAAAAUCUAUAGCACUGACAUCACCACGGUCACUUCCUGUCCACCAGAUGUUCAGAGUUGUCCAGCAAGCUCGACGGUCGUUUCGACCACAAUUGUCCCCGUCAGUGUGACAGUCUCCUCUGCGUCAAGCGCUACGGCGACUGACUACUCGAGCUAUUGUGGCAAAUAUUAUAUGGAUUCGCAGAGCCCUCCAAACAACUACAGCGUUGACUGCACAAGCGACUACAAUACCGUAGGCAUCACUACCGUUACCAGCGUUCGAAACUUGAACGUUUGUAUCAACAUCUGUAGUCAAACUGCUGGAUGUCUGGCUGCUACUUGGCUUCAGAAUACCCUACAGUGUGAGUUGCACAACGCGAAUGAUCUUGGAUCCGGAACCACACCAUUCCCUCCUGGCGUUGUUGGAUACAGAGCUACCAGACUUACGAACCCUGGUGGACCUUUGACAAUCACGAUUUACAGCACUGAUAUCAGUACUGUCACUUCGUGCGCCUCGGAUGUGACUAGCUGUCCUGCAAGAUCAACUGUGGUUUCCACUACGCUUGUCCCAGUCAGUGUCAGUGUCGUCUCAAGCACUGCCAUCUCUAGUGCCGCUGCAUCUAGCACAUCAUCUACACCAGCAUUCGUGACAAGCACAAUCUACAGCACUGGUCUAACCACAGUUGUGUCCUCAAGCUCGACAGUGGUCUCGACCACCUUGGUCCCUAUCGGAACCAGUGUUAUCACGACUUCGAUAUUCCUGCCUAGCGACACCACCGGAGGUCGCUCAGGAACUGCAUCUACUGGUGUGGUGACCUCGACAAUCUACAGCACGGCCCUCAGCACCAUUGUCUCAUCCAGCUCGACAAUUGUAUCGACCUCGCUUAUACCCGUCAGCGUGACGAUCUCGACAAUCUCUCUGCCGUCCGCCACAAGCUCCAGCGCGGUGGGGGUCAUAACCUCCACAAUCUACAGUACUGACAUCACCACCAUCACCUCAUGCUCUCCCGGUGUCAUUAGCUGUCCCGCCAGCUCGACUAUCGUUUCUACGUCGCUUGUGCCAAUCAGUGUCACUGUGUCGACCGUGUACACCGAGUUCUCGACUUCAUGGUAUACAACCUGGUCCGGUACUCCAUUCUCCACUGCUUCCUCGACAGCAUACUCUUCUGCAUACUCGAGCGGAUUCUCUUCUGCCUACUCGAGCGGGUUCUCCUCCGCGUUCUCCUCGGCAUUCUCUUCUGCUUAUUCUUCGGCCUUUUCGUCGGGCUUCUCUACCGCGGCAUCCAGUGCAACGUCAUUUGCAGCAUCUUCGGCAGCUUCCUCUGCCGCUUCUUCCUUCGCUUCAAGCGCUGCUUCCUCUGCUGCAUCGUCGUAUGUGUCUAGUGCAGCUUCCUCUGGUCCUUUCUCUUCUGCUGGCUCUGGCGCCGCAUCUAGCUUUACUGCUAGCGAUACCAUGGGUGGUCGCUCUGGUACUGCCAUGUCUCCCACCUCGACAUCGACAUUCUACACUGGUCCCAACGUUGACGACUACGGUGUUUACGACUGGCUAUGUUAG